AUGGAGUUUAAACCGGGAGAUUCGCAUAAAUCGGAGGGCGAGACGGUUGUGGACGAGGACACGGAGAAUGGCGCCCUUGAGUUUCUGGAAGAUUGCGAACAUCGAGAGAAGCAGCUUCUUCGACGGAUAGAUUGGCGACUGCUGCCUAUCAUUGGCGCGCUGUACGCCAUAUCCCUCAUUGACAGAACGAAUAUAUCGAGCGCUCGCAUAGCGGGUUUGAACCAAGAAUUGAAGUUGUAUAUCGGUUCGCGAUACUCUAUCGCGCUGCUGGUAUUCUUUAUUCCAUAUUUCAUUUUCGAGCUCCCAUCGAAUUUGCUUCUGCGAAAAGUUGGCAGCGCCGCAUGGCUGGCGGGUAUAGCGUUUGCCUGGGGAACGAUCAUGCUCGGAUCGGGCUUCAUCCACAACUAUCAAUCCUUGGUUGUGCUCCGAUUUCUCCUUGGUGUUUUCGAGGCCGGAUUAUUCCCAGGAUGUGUUUAUCUUAUCUCCUGUUGGUAUGUGAGAUAUGAGGUUCAAACUAGGCUGGCUAUAUUCUACCUUACCUCGGUUCUCGCCGGCGGCUUUUCAAGUAUCCUAUCGUUUGGACUCAUUCAAAUGGAAGGUCUUGCUGGCUUCCAUGGAUGGAGGUGGAUCUUUAUUGUUGAAGGAGCCAUGACUCAGGUCAUUGCCAUAGCAGCUUAUUUCAUCAUCAUAGAUUUCCCAGACAAAGCAGCAAAGACAAAAUUCCUCACGGUGAACGAGGCGAAAUAUAUUUCGCACCGAUUGGAAAAGGAUAGAGCCGAUUCCGUUCCUGACCCGGUUACCCUUGCUAAGCUGAGGCUCCAUUUGGCAGAUUGGAAGCUAUGGACAUUUUCGUUGAUGUUCCUGGCAACCACAGUCCCAGCAUAUGCUUUAACCUAUUUUGCGCCCAUCAUUAUUAGGGCUAUGGGGUAUACUCCAGCCAUAACGAGUCUGCUCACGGCACCUCCAACGGCAUUUGCCUGUGUUGUAGCCAUGGCACUGUCCUGGGUGGCCGACAAGUACCGUAUGCGAGGACCCAUCAUCGUCAUCCAGUGUAUCCUCUGCAUCAUCGGUUUGAUGCUAACGGCAUAUCACCCAAACAACAACGUCCGUUAUUUCGGCUUCUUCCUUGGAGCAGCUGGCUGCCAGGGGAACAUCCCAGCCAUCCUCGCCUACCAGUCAAACAACAUCCGGUUCCAGUCCAAGCGAGCUGUGGGAAGCGCCUUGCAGAUUGGAUUCGGCGCACUGGGAGGCAUCAUUGCAUCAACGGUAUUUAGAGAGCAAGAUGGGCCUAGGUAUGUGCCAGGUCUUUGGGUGACUACAGCGUUUCAGUUGUUCAUCCUGGUGGCUGUGGCAUUCACAACAGUUAUCUUCUCGAAGCGAAACAAGCAGGUUGAUGACGGCACGGCGAAGACCCCCAUCGAGGGGCUAGAAGGGUUCAAAUACACCCUCUAA